UAUUAAUUAAUUAAAAUUAGUCCUGAUUCGGUUUCUUUCUCCAUGUCUGUCUUCAUGUGAGAUUAUUUGAUAUAUUUCCUGAAAAGAGGCUUAUAAUGACGUUCUAUACGAUAGCCACACUUUAUUAAAAUUUGUAUAAAAUCGAUAUAUUGUCGCUGUCAUUAAAAAUGUGUUUUAAGUGUUUUUUAAAUCAAAAUCUUUUUUACGUGUCCUCAAUUAAAAAUUUACAUUCUUUAUAUUUUAAAAAAAAGAGAAAAGAUUUUAUUGAAAUGAAGUUAACAUUAAGCACUAAUACCAACAUCGACUCAAACGUUGAAAGUCGAGAUGUAUUAUCCAAAUUUGUUUUCUAUCUAACGACAAUUUCUUUUGUCGUAACUUAUAUUCGUACGUAUCCAGGAUUUAUUAAUAGAGACGUUUUAAAAUUGUAUAUUACUUAAAUUUUAUGGUUGGUGCGUAAUUGUUGGGAAGAAUUUUUAAAUAAUGAGGAUGAGAGUAUUCGGACAUAUCAUGGUUAUCAGAAUGCUCUAUCCAAUAUUUUUUUUUUCAAUAAAUCUUAUUCUCUUUUUUUUUU